CUGACCGCUGCCUCCGCACACGCACUCGCGUUUAUUCCCGUCCAGUUUUGCUCGGCGGAGUUGAAUAAGAGACGCAGUCGCCGAGCAGGGGGUCGCGGGCGCACGGCCACCAUGGACCGUCGGCGGCUUUCUUUCUUCUGUUCCUUGUUCUCUUUAGCCAGGCACUGAGACAGACGCCUCGCUUCCCAGAAUGCCUCGUUGUUGCCGCUGCAGCAGGACUGUCUGGGAUUCGGCAUCAGGCUGCUGACUCUUCAGCGUUUCGCUCCAAUUUGUCGCCCACCGGAUUUUUCUUUUAUUAUUUUUUGUUUGUUUUGUUUUGUUUUGUGCCGCCGCUGGCCCUCGGUGCUCCCGGAAUCCCGGAGGCGCUUCGUUCGCUGUACUGCAAUGCCGCUCUUCGCAUCCAAUCCCUUCGAACAAGAUGUGGAGAAAGCGACCAGCGAGAUGAACACGGCCGAGGACUGGGGUCUCAUACUGGACAUCUGUGACAAAGUGGGCCAGUCGCGCAGCGGGCCCAAAGAGUGUCUGCGGUCUGUCAUGAGACGAGUGAACCAUAAGGACCCUCAUGUGGCUAUGCAGGCGCUGACACUUUUAGGUGCCUGUGUGUCCAACUGUGGCAAAAUCUUUCACCUAGAAGUGUGUUCGAGGGACUUCGCCAGUGAAGUCAGCAACGUCUUAAAUAAGGGUCACCCUAAAGUAUGUGAAAAGUUAAAGGCUCUUAUGGUGGAGUGGGCCGAAGAGUUCAAGAACGAUCCGCAGCUCAGUUUGAUAUCGGCGAUGAUAAAGAAUCUCCGAGAGCAAGGGGUGUCAUUUCCGCUGGUGGGCUCUCAGGCAGCAGAAAAGGCAAAAGCAAGUCCUGCUUUAGUGGCCAAGGACCCCACAACAGUAGCCACCAAAAAAGAGGAGGAAGACCUGGCAAAAGCUAUCGAACUGUCAUUGAAAGAGCAGCAGCAGCAGCCGCCGCCGCCAGCAGCUCCACCGGUGGUGUCCUCUCUGUACCCCAACACUUCUCACCUUGUUUCAAAUCACAAACCUGAGAGGCGCAAGGUGCGCGCCAUUUACGACUUUGAGGCCGCCGAAGACAAUGAGCUGACGUUUAAAGCUGGAGAAAUUAUUACGGUUCUCGACGACAGUGACCUUAACUGGUGGAAGGGGGAGACCUACCAAGGAAUCGGCCUUUUUCCAUCUAAUUUUGUCACCGCAGACCUGACUGCUGAGCCUGAAGUAGUUAAGACUGAGAGGAAGACCGUCCAGUUCAGUGACGAGGUCCAAGUUGAAACGCUGGAGCCUGAGCCUGAAGCAGAGCCGGUUUACAUCGAUGAGGAUAAAAUGGACCAGUUACUGCUGAUGCUGCAAAGCGCCGAUCCCAUGGACAGCCAGCCGGAGCCCCCAGAACUCCUGCAGCUGGAAGGUGCUUGCCAUCAGAUGGGACCACUUAUCGACUUAAAGCUUGAAGACAUCGACAGGAGACACUCUGAAUUGUCGGAGCUGAAUGUCCGCGUGAUGGAGGCCCUCUCGAUGUAUGCCAAACUGAUGAACGAAGACCCAAUCUACACCAUGUAUGCCAAGCUUCAAAGUCAGCAGUUUUAUGUGCCGCAGGCGGCAUCUCCAGGUACCUCGCAGGUAUACACAGGACAAGCUACAGGGGGCACCUUUACAGUGAGCGGCCCCCAGAUGGGCACAAUCCAGAGCUACAGCCUCACGCAAGAGCAAAACCCAUCGGUGAGCCAAGGUGCCGUCACCUCGAACGUGCCUGGUGUGGCUAUGCCCAGCCCACCGGUGCCUGGGCCAAAUUCCUUCUCAGGCGCCUUGGUAAAUUCGGGAUCGGGGAGCGCAUACCUGAGCCAGCCUCCAGUUUAUACCCCUCCAGCAACAGCGGUCAGCAUGGAUGUGCCCGCUUACCCGAGCGCUGCCACCGGUGCCCCCCAGAUGGCCAGUUACACCAUGGACCCCGCAGCACUUGCACAGCCAGUGGACGGCCAGCAGCCGCCGGGUUUCUCCUCCCAGAAGGCCCUGCUGUAGGACUGUGAACAUGACUCUUCGAGUAUCCCUUUGUCCGACUACGGCUGGCGACUCUCUCGGGGGCAGCAGAGACCCCCUGCGGUGGGUUCUGCUCACUCUAAAGGGUCGGGAGGAUGGCAGAUGCGAGGACAUCCACGUGACAUGGGGCACUUGUGAGGAAAAGCCGUCUUAUUUAUUUAUUGUAGCAUCUCGUGCCCCCUGGAUGUUAAGCGGCGGUGUCCGGCGCGGCCGGCUGGACGCUCCAUGAAAUAUCCCGAGCUUGGCUCCCGGUCAUUUGUUGUACAUAAACUGAGAUGUAAGUUUUGGUAGGAGGCGCUCUCGAGCCCAAAUACGAGUCUCUGUUCAAUUCA